CUCAAAAGGACACACGAAAAUAACUUUACAAAUUUUGAUUCUUCUCAUAUAUUCUUAUUUCAAAAAAUUAAAAUCACUCCCUUUCUUUCUAUAACGGAGAGAAAAAGAAGAAAAAAAACCCUUAACCCGUGCCCUCUCUCUGUAAAAUCUGCUUUAAAUCUGGUUCUAUCGUCCUAGAUUCACCGUUUUCGAGCGCGAUUUGUGUUUUCAAUGGUGCGAAACCGAACAUAGCCUCUGAGAUUUCGAAGGAUCUACAGAUAGACUGAAACACAGGCACACAGAGAGAGGAACUGAGAGAAACGAUGGCUACUUCUGCGGACAAGGAGCUAGAGCAGAAGCUAUUGGAAGCUGGCAAUCGAUUGGCUGAUCCUCCUUCUUCGGUUGAUGAACUCCUUGCCCUACUCGAUGCGAUGUUUAUAUGAUCUGUGUUAUGGAAUUAUUGGGGUCCUUGUUUGUCUCAGUUCAUGGAAAGUUGGUGAUAAUGUUUAUGCAAGUUGAGAAAUGCCUAGCAAAGGUUGAGCAGUCCCCAGGGGAAUCAAUGCAGAAUGCACUUGCACCGUCGUUGACAGCAUUGGUUGCUGAUAAGCUAUUUCAGCAUCCAGAUGUUGAUGUCAAAGUCUCUGUCGCAUCUUGCAUUAGUGAGAUAACUCGAAUAACGGCUCCUGAAGCCCCGUAUGAUGAUGAACAGAUGAAGGAGGUGUUUCAGCUUAUCGUGUCUUCAUUCGAAAACCUGUCUGACAAAUCUAGUCGAUCAUAUGACAAGAGGACCUCAAUUCUUGAAACUGUGGCGAAGGUGAGGUCAUGUGUCUUAAUGCUUGAUCUCGAAUGUGAUGAGCUGAUUGUUGAGAUGUUCCAGUAUUUCCUAAAAUCAAUCAGGGAUCACCAUCCUGAAAAUGUAUUCUCGUCGAUGGAGAUCAUUAUGAGUCUUGUUCUAGAGGAAAGUGAAGAAAUCACUAUGGAUCUAAUAUCUCCAAUAUUGUCUAGCGUGAGGAAAAAUGAGGAGGUUCUGCCUAUUUCUUGGAAGCUUGGAGAGAAGGUGCUCGAAAGCUCUUCUAGUAAGCUUAAACCUUAUCUGAUACAAGCAGUGAAAACCUUGGGCAUUUCUUUCGGUGAUUAUAGUAAAGUGGUCGCUUCUAUAUGUGGAGAGAUAUCUGGAGAUGACCGGAAGGAUGCCCAUGAUGCUGAUGAACAUACGGCUGGUGAGAGCAAGAUGUUGGAGGCUCCAUUGGAUGAAACAAAGCAGGCUAACAAAGGAACAGAAACAGUACCACCAUCUGUUGAGCAAAGUGGUCCUACAAAUGACACAGCUUCCAAGCCUGUUGAGGAAAAUGGUAUUCCACAAAAAGGCGAUGACAAGUCCUUGGUUGAUCCUGAUUCCUCAGAGAAGCUGGAAGUUGCCCAGCAAAUAGAACAGCCAAAAGAUAUUGAUGGGUCGACCAAUGAUGGGCCUUUGAGCUUGGAUGUAGAGAAGGUAGUCAGCCUGGGACAUAAUCAAGAGCAAGCUAGCAAGAGAAAAGGAAGGAAGCCUAACUCUUCAUUUAAAUUGGCAGAAUCUUCUGAGAUUUCUCAAGCUACUGGUGAGAAGGAAGCUGAGGAUUUUGCAGACCAUAAAAGUCAGAACCUGGAUAUAUCCUGUGAAUCUAGCAAGGAUCCAUCUGUUGAACCAGUUUUGCCUUUAGUAAAUGAAAAAGAACCUGAUGAUCUACCGUCCUCGCCAAAGGUUGUAGAGGGUGAAACCAUGAAUUCCUCUUCUUCUUCACCUGGUGGUAGCAUCGCUGAUGAAAGUCAUUCUAAAAAGACUGGGGGAUCCAAGAAGAAUGAAGGAUCUGUGCCCGCUGAGGAUUUGCCUAAAAAAGCAUCUGAAGGAGAUAGUGACGCAGAGAAUACACCGCACAGGCGUUCUGGGAAGAAGUUGCGUACUGGAUCCUCCAAAGAGGCUGAAUCACCACUCAUGGGAGAUGCACCUAAGAAGGGAAGUGGCACAACAAAUGAGUCUGAGGCUGAACCACUUAAACAUCCAGCUAAGAAGAUAGAUGCUCUAGGUAAAAUUAGGGAAGAGUUGACUCCCAUUCAGUCGGGAAAUAAGAAGAGGCGGACCAAAGCAAUUCUGGAAAAGGGUUCAACAAAAGAUGAUGAAGUUUCUUCUCUGAAGUCAACUGAGCAUCCCCUUAAGGAGAGUCCAAAAACAAAUUCCAAAAGGAAGCAGACCGCAGGGAAAGAAAAGGAACUUGGUGACGUGGAUUCUGGUGAGGAGUUGAUUGGUAAGAAGGUCCAGGUCUGGUGGCCUUUGGACAAGAAGUACUAUGUAGGAGUCAUUGAUUCUUUUGAUUCAGUGAAGAAAAGGCAUAAGGUUGUCUACGCUGAUGGUGACAUAGAAGAACUGUAUCUGAAAAAAGAGAAAUGGGAGAUAAUUUCAGAUUUACCUGGAUCUGAUGGGGAAGGGAAAGCUGAUCAUCCAACCACUGAGGCUUCAUCUGAAAUCCCCCUCAAGAAGAAACUGAAAGGUAAUUUUGAUCGGUCGGCUAAGCAUGGCAAAUUGGAUGCUUCACAUAAAAGGGUUGGAAGUGCUUCCUCCAGCAAAUCCAAAGUGGCCGGAACAAGAUCUGAUCAAAAGUCCAAGGAUGCUAGUAAACCUGAUGGGAAAUCCAAGAAAGAUUCUAAACAGUCUGAUGAUGAAGAUGGUGUUGGAAAAUUUAAGGAUGUUACCCCAAGAAGUUCGAGCAGAUCGAAGAAGGAUGACAGGGCCACACCCAAGACUAACAAAUUGGAGGAGCAGAGCUCUCUCUCAUUGAAAACCUCGAAGUCCAAAUAUGACUCCACGAAGAGUAAUAAGUCGAGGCGAGAGAACCUAAAGGGAAGCUUCAGUGGCAAGGGUAAAACACCAAAAAGUGGUGAGAAGUCUAAUGCUAAUGGUGGUGGCAAGUUGAAAUCUGCUACAUCAAAGGUGAAAGGAGGCGAGGAAGUGAAGGACAUCUCCACUGAUACUCCAAAGGUCGUUGAAAGUUCCAAAGGAAAGUCAACAAGCUCAUCAAAGGUGUCGGGAAAGCGACGAAGGGGAGCCUAGAUUUAAUGUCAUGGUCUUUACGACUUUUCUUUGCUCUAAAUCGUUUAGGUACCAGCUCCCUUUAUUACUGCAGCUUCAUUCUUGCGCAAGUGCUGCAAUACGCAGUAAGCCGCGAGUUUGUUAAUUAGCAUUAGCGUCGUUAUGUCCAAAGCGUUUAGUCUAGUUUAUUAGAAUGGUUGUAGGUUAGUUUUUUGGCCCUCGAUUGUUGUGCCUAGCUAGUAUUUAUUUUAUUUGGGGGCAUGUUAGAAUUAGGUAAGAGGAAACCUGUUUUCAUAUAUAAUACUAACAAAUUUUACCUGAUGGGCCAUUGCUAUUAUGCGGAUUUUCAUGGGCUUAGAACUAGCUUGAUAUUUAUUCUGGUUCGAAAACCCAAAAGGCCCAAUUUGAGCAUUUGGAUUUUGGAACUUCAUUAUGCAUUAGAUCGAUCAUCGAUGUUGAUGUGAUUUUUUUAGUUUUCUUCGUCAGUCUGGUAUGAAAAAGUAUCAAGUAUCUUCUGAAGUUUAGUUUUCUACAA